GCGCCAUUUUAGCGCGUCCACCGCCAUCCGCCAAGAUGGUCUCCCUGCUUUGUCUCCGCUGACUGGAGUUUUUACGCUUAUUCGCUCACUUCUCUCCCUUUUUCCUCUCCGCCGUAUCCGACAGAGCUGGACCGCACUCGCCGUGGACAACCCCCGUCUCAGCGUUUCGAGCAAUGACGAGCACGAAGGGCAGGUAAAAUGAGUUGGCCUUCUCCUGAAUCCAGCCCAGACCAAAUGGCAGAAAAUACAGAGGAGCCCAGCAGCUCAGCAGAGACAAGAAAUCCAUCAUAUUCUCAUAAGAGAAAGGCCAGUACAGUAGCUAAGCACACUGGAAAGAAUAGCUCGGACACCUCAGACAGUGAAUCCGAAGGAGCGGCUUCUGACAGUCCUUCAGACAGCCAUGCAGGCAACACAUCCAAAGGUACUCUGGUGCUGCGGCCUGCGGGGAGUGAAAAUAAAGGAACUGUGAAGUUCAGAGUGGAUUACAAGCAGAAACCUACAGAUGAUACCCUGCAAAAGAAGAUCAACUGCACAGCUUGUGGAAAGCAAGUGAACCAGUUUCAGCGCAGCUCUGUAUACGAGCAUCCUGCUCUUAAAGUGCUUAUUUGCAAGUCAUGCUACAAUUAUUACACCAGUGAUGACAUCAGUAGAGACUCUGAUGGGAUGGACGAGCAGUGCAGGUGGUGUGCUGAGGGCGGCAAGCUCAUCUGCUGCGACUACUGCAGCAACGCUUUCUGCAAGAAGUGCAUCCUGCGAAACCUGGGAAGAAGAGAGUUGUCAUCCAUCACUGACGAGAACUCUAAAUGGCACUGCUACGUGUGCAAGGAAGAACCCCUCCAGGACCUGGCGUCUAAGUGCCACAACAUCAUUGCAAAGAUCGACCACGAGAAAAGCAAGCAAAAAAAACACAGCAAGAGCGAGGAACGUGACAAGAAACACAAGAGCCGUGUGGUCAAGGACCACAAGGCGGUUGUUAACGGGAAGGAACAUGCCGGCGACUCAGGGACUUUAACUUUCUCUUACAGAAGACUGCAGAUUCCCAAAGAACUUUUAAAGAGAACAAAAAAACUGGUUGAAACCACAACCGGUUUGAACAAUACAUUCAUCCAGUUUAUACAGCAUGCUGCUACGAAGCAUGAUGAUAAGUCUGUCAGGUACAGGCAAUUGAAAGCCUUCAGGGCAGUACUUGCUGAUUUGAAAAAAGCCCACACUGAUUUGGAGGUGGCUCUGGAACCUGAGUUCAAAAGUAUGGAGUUACAAAAUGGUGACAAAGGGCAGCAACAAGUCAGAAAAAGGAUAAAUCCCGCACAGCCUGUUGUGACUGAGGUGGACGAGGCAGAUGCACUUGAGGUGGAUGAGGCAGAUGUACCUGAGGUGGAUGAGGACGAGGCAGAUGCAGCUGAGGUGGACGAGGCAGAUGCAGAUGCAGCUGAGGUGGACGAGGCAGAUGCAGAUGCAGCUGAGGUGGACGAGGCAGAUGCAGCUGAGGUGGACGAGGCAGAUGCAGCUGAGGUGGACGAGGCAGAUGCAGUUGAGGUGGACGAAGACGAUGCAGCUGAGGUGGACGAAGACGGGGCAGAUGCAGUUGAGGUGGACGAAGACGAUGCAGCUGAGGUGGACGAAGACGGGGCAGAUGCAGCUGAGGUGGACGAAGACGGGGCAGAUGCAGCUGAGGUGGACGAGGCUGAUGUGGACGAGGACGAUGCAGCUGAGGUGGACGAGGCAGAUGCACCCGCGGAAGACGAGGCAGAUGCAGAUGAUGCAGCUGAGGAGUCCGAUGAGAUGCAAGAUCUGAAUAAAAAGCCAGUGGUGGAACACAAUAAACCUCACAAAGAGCAGCAGAAGAAACGCACCAAGAAUCUAGAGAAAGCACAUGAUAGGAAACAGCAUGUUGACCGGAAAGAAAGAAAAGGCAAGAAGGUGGAACAUACACAACCAGAUGAACCAGUUAAUAAAAAUAGCCAAACUGUAGAUGUGACCAAAAAUACAUUAAAAACAGAAGACGAAGAGAUGGCCCUCGAUCACGACAUUAUGUCGGUCCCUCCUUCAGUUCCAGAGGAGCUUUUUCAGAUGGUGGAGAGUCUCGCCGAUCCAUCGCUGCGUACAAAGACUGAUUCCAGUUCGGUCGCAGACACUGAUGCAAAGUCAAAUGGAACCGUGGCACGUUCCCAUCGCUCUCGACCAAAAGUGAAGAACCUCAUUGUCAAACUGACCCCAGUACCAGUUGUGACGACAAGCCGGUCCAAAAACAAAGAACGAGAGGAAGAAGACGGUAUUUCCGAUGCAGAAGAUGAACCGGUCAGCCCGGCCCCUGGACAAAACUCCUGUAGAGAAAAGACCACUCCACUGAGGAAGCAGUCUGAAAAUAAGACUCAAGAAGACUCCUCUGACGAAGAGCAGGAGUCUGACAAAGAAAGUAGUAGCAAGUCUGAGUCCUCCAAGAAACCCAGCAGAUCCAAGAAAGGUGAUCAGAAGCAGAGCAGUACUUUGUCGGCAAGCAAGGAAGAAGACUCAGACUCUGAUGAGGUUCCUGACAUAUUGCUGGAAAAAGUGGCAGAAUGCAAGAGCAGUGAUGAGGAGAAAGAAAGUGCCAGUUCAAAAAAAAACGCAGACAAAACAUCCAAACGCAAGAGGAAGUCCGAAGGAUCUGAUUCAGACGCAGAGAGUCAAGAAAAAAAGCUUUCCAAGAAGAAAAAGGCGAAAGCUUCGAAUUCUUCCGACUCUGAUCAAGACAAAGCCAGCUCUGGAAGGAGACGAUCGAGUCGUGUGACGAAACAAGUUAAAGCAAAGAAAGAAGACAAACCUGAGAAAUUUGCUGCUACCAAGAAAAGAUCUUACGAGAAGAAACGCAAAGGAAGAAGUUCCAAAGUGACCUCCAAGCUGCAGUCGUCCUCCAGCGAAGAAGAGGAUGAAGACCAGCAGGCUGACGAGGACUCAGGAGAGGACACCGAUCAGCAGAAGAUCAAACCUCUGGUGGAGGACAGUGUGCUGCAAGGGGGUGGAAACUUCCAUCAGUCAUCAGGAGAUGAAAUGCCUGGCCAAGAAGUCUCUCAAAUGGAGGAUGAUUACGAUGAUGACCCUGAGAACAGAAUUGCAAAGAAAAUGCUUCUUGCUCAGAUCAAGUCAAACCUUUCUUCCGGAGGAGAAAGUUCUGCCUCUGAAAGUGAAGAAGAGGAGGAGGGAAAAGGGAAAUUAUCCAAAAGAGUAAAAAAAGAAGAGGAUGACCAAGAAGCAGAUGAAGACACUGAAGACUCCGACUCUGAUAUAGAGGUGAAGAAGCGUGGGCGCCGCCACAAGUUGCUUCGUCACAAACUCUCCCUUAGUGAAGCCGAGUCAGGUGAUGACGAUGAAGCCAGUGAAGGGAAGAUCAAGAAGGCGGGCAAGAAGAAGGACAAGGAAAAAAAGAAAGUGGACAGCGAUGACUCCGCUGAUUCAGACUUCCAGAAGUCUGCAUCUAGUGACGAGUCAGGGGAUUCAGGGGAGUCAGAGCAGUCAGUGGAGUCAGGGAUAAGCGAAGAACUCAGCGAAUCUGAAGAUGACGGGAAACGUCGAAGGACCAGAUCGUCGAAGAAGAAGGACAAUGAGAAGCAAAGAGGUUCAAAAAAGAAGAAGAAGAGGCGCCGCAUUAAAGUACAGGAUUCUUCCAGCAAUGAGAAGAGUGGAGAGGAAGAUGACGAUGACCCAGAUGGCGAGGACCGCAAAGGCCGCAAAAAGAUCCGCAAAAUUCUAAAGGAUGACAAGCUCCGGACAGAGACGCGAGAUGCUCUCAAAGAGGAGGAGGACAGGCGGAAGCGUAUUUCCGAUAGAGAGGAGCUGAGGAAGAAACUCAGAGAGACAAUUGUGGUAGAAGAGGCUUCCCAGAUGGUCUGUCCCAUCACCACAAAGCUGGUUCUGGAUGAAAACGAAGAGACCAAGGAGCCAUUGGUGCAGGUGCACAGAAACCUUGUGACCAAGCUCAAACCUCACCAGGUUGACGGAGUGCAGUUCAUGUGGGACUGCUGCUGUGAGUCCGUUAAGAAAAUUGAGAAGUCUGUUGGCUCUGGCUGUAUUCUUGCACAUUGUAUGGGUCUUGGAAAAACACUGCAGGUGGUGACGUUCCUUCAUACUUUGAUCCUAUGUGAGAAGCUCAACUUCUCAACAGCCCUGGUGGUUUGUCCCCUAAACACGGUCCUUAAUUGGGUCAACGAGUUUGAGAAAUGGCAGGAGGGAAUGAAAGAUGAUGAGUGUUUGGAGGUGACGGAGCUGGCCACAGUAAAGAGGCCACAGGAGCGAGGGGUCGCCCUCCAGCAAUGGCAAGAUAUGGGGGGUGUUAUGAUCAUUGGCUACGAGAUGUACCGAAACCUGACACAGGGUAGGAACAUCAAAAGCAAGAAGCUAAAGGAAACAUUCCAGAAAACUCUGGUUGAUCCAGGUCCAGAUUUGGUGAUCUGUGACGAAGGUCACAUCCUAAAGAAUGAGGCGUCUGCCGUGUCCAAAGCGAUGAACUCCAUUACGACAAGGAGGAGGGUUGUGCUGACUGGAACACCUCUUCAAAAUAACCUUAUUGAAUACCACUGCAUGGUGAACUUCAUCAAAGAGAACCUGCUUGGGUCAGUUAAAGAGUUCCGCAAUCGUUUCAUCAACCCCAUCCAGAACGGUCAAUGUGCUGACUCCACAAUGCAAGAUGUACGCAUCAUGAAAAAGAGGGCUCAUAUCCUGUAUGAGAUGCUGGCUGGCUGUGUUCAGAGGAAAGAUUACACUGCGCUCACCAAGUUCCUGCCUCCCAAGCAUGAGUAUGUGUUGUCUAUCAGAGUUACUCCAAUCCAGUGUAAACUCUACAGAUACUACCUGGAGCACUUCACUGGUGUGGGGAAAGCUUCAGAGGGGGGCCGGGGCCGCGCAGGGACCAAACUCUUCCAGGAUUUCCAGAUGCUCAGCAGAAUUUGGACCCAUCCCUGGUGCCUUCAGCUGGAUUACAUCAGUAAAGAAAACAGGGGUUUCUUUGACGAGGACAGUAUGGAGGAAUUCAUCGCUUCAGAAACUGACGAAUCUUCCAUGAGUCUGAGUUCAGAAGAUGAAAAGAAAAAAAAGAAAAAGAAGAAAGGCAAGGGUAGAACGAGGGGAUCUGAUGACUCUGAUAGCGAUGAUGUGGAAGUCAUCAAGGAGUGGAACAGCAGCUCUCGAGGCAAGAAUGGAGAGGGGCGAAACAGGCCAGAGCCGGUAGAGGAAGAACAUCAACCGUCUGGCUCCGCACCAGGGAGCCCCACUGCUGACUGGCACAAGGAGUUUGUCACCGAGGCCGACGCUGAAAUCCUGGCGCACUCUGGGAAAUUGAUGGUCCUCUUUGAGAUUCUGCGCAUGGCAGAGGAAGUGGAUGACAAAGUGUUGGUGUUCAGUCAGUCUCUUAUCUCUUUGGACCUGAUAGAGGAUUUCCUGGAGCUGUCUUGCAGAGCUGCAGAUGAAAAGAAGGUCUCACCAUACAAAGGUGAAGGCAAGUGGUACAGGAAUAUUGACUACUAUCGUCUGGACGGCUCCACCAAUGCCACCACCAGGAAGAAGUGGGCAGAAGACUUCAAUGACCCCGCCAACCCAAGGGGUCGUUUGUUCCUCAUUUCGACACGAGCUGGCUCCCUUGGCAUCAACCUGGUGGGGGCCAACCGGGUCAUCAUAUUUGACGCCUCUUGGAAUCCUUCAUACGACAUUCAGAGUAUAUUCAGGGUGUAUCGCUUUGGCCAACUGAAGACCGUGUUUGUCUACAGGUUCCUGGCGCAGGGCACAAUGGAAGACAAGAUUUAUGACCGGCAGGUGACCAAACAGUCUCUGUCAUUCCGUGUGGUGGACCAGCAGCAGAUUGAAAGGCACUUUACCAUGAAUGAGCUGGCAGAGCUCUAUACCUUUGAGCCGGAUUUGUUGGACGAUCCCUCAGAAAAGAAGAGCAAGAAAGCUACGCCGGUGCUCCCCAAGGAUCCUAUCCUGGCGGAGCUGCUGCAAAGCCACAAGGACCAGAUUGCAUUCUAUCAUGAACAUGACUCCCUGUUGGAUCACAAGGAGGAAGAGGCCCUAAGCGAGGAGGAUCGCAAAGCGGCCUGGGCUGAGUACGAAGCAGAGAAGAAGGGUCUGACCAUGAGGAGUAACUAUCAGACACACCCCCAAAUGGGCACCUCCUCCGUUUUCUCCCACUACAACAUGGCGGCUUUGGCCACCAUGACCAACCAGCAGCUGGAGGAGCUUAUCAACCAAGGGCGACAGAAGGUCAUCGAAGCAACAAAUGCAUUGAAGAAUUUACAACGAGACUCACUGGAAGACACUAUCAGCCAAAUAUGGAAAGAGAACCCAGCUCUCACUGAGGGGCAGGUCCAGUCUUUGGCCAUGGGUCGAAUGGCCACAGUGGAGAUGGAGGGGAAACGCAGAGAAAAUGUUUACAGAGAAACUCUCACCAUGCAGCAGUCGCUGAUGAUGUACGUCCAGAAGGUGAUCAACAACAGAAAAGUCCACGAGCAGCAGCUGGCCAUGGCCAACCAGACCAACCUCCUGAACAUGGCCCUGCAGAACGGCAUGCUGGGAGGCAACCGGCUCAGCCAAAUGGACCUGCUGGGUCUUUACCAGCAGCUGCACGGCGUCAACCCCCACGCCGCCAUGGGCAAGAAUCCCGGGCCCUCCAAGGGCCUGUAGACCACCACCACCACGCUCCCAACACGCGGACCCUCGCUCUUGCCCACCGACGCCGCACGAGACCUCAAGAAGAAAGCCAGAGUUCCACUCGCCCGCUUUCUGUCGGGAGUUUCAGUUCUGUGGCCCACUGGCAGUCGCUGCAACUUCCUGUAUAAAAAAGACUGUUUAAAAGGGGUCUAUUAGGAAAGUCAAGGUGAAUAAAAGUGUAAAUACAGCCUUAAUGUUAUUCAACUUCUAUAUCUUCAUUUUUCAUGUAUUUAAAUUUGGUUUAGUUAAGCAAUGCUUGAAAGUGUUGCAGUGUUUUCUCCCUAAAAGAGGGUUUUAAACAUGAUAAAGCAGUUUUUAUACAAUUUAAAGCCAAGUGGGACCAGCGUGGAUGGCGACAAAGGAGUUUUCCGGUUCGAUUCCUCCACCAAUCACGUGCUAGCUAGUCUGGCAUCUUCUGGGAAAUGGAAGGAGAAACAAAUGGCACGUCCAUUUAAAAAAACAGAAGAAUGAUGGCCUUAUAAGAGUUUGAUGAAAGGUGACAUUUCUUUUUUUAUUAGGCUUUUCAUUGUAGUUCAUAUUAACACAUGGCUGGUAUUGGAAUGUUUGUGUCCUUCAAAACUGCCUGCUGGUCCCCGGGACCUUUUCCUUUAUUUCAUUUUGCGUAACGUCAUUCUCACUGUUCCCGUGAUGUCUAGCAUAGCUCUGUGGGUCCUCUUCUUUAUGUUCCACUUGUGUCUGGCCCAGUGGGCGGGGCCGGGGCUCACAAAGCAUCAGCUCAUGUUCCAGGGGGCCCAAAAGUCCAGUUUGGAGGUCGGACGUCUGCGACUGUGCUUUGUGACGCCGCGGUUUCUGUCACCUUAAUGGGACAGCGUCCGCUUUUUAAAGUCCUCCACCUGCAGAAGCCUGUCGUCACUGCAGGACUCUCGUGUUUGCACAAGAUGUAUUUCAUAUACGUGUAGUUUUGGCCCUCUUCAGAAUGUUCUUAUGUUAGCAAAUACACCACAAUUUGCCAUGACUUUAAUCUGCUACUAUCUUGUAAGGUAUUUAAUAUAACAUUUAAUAAAGUGACCAAAAGGA